ACUUGCGCAAGUUGGUUGACAUGUAAUAAAUGGGUCAUUCACAUAUUAUGUAACGCAAUCGUUUGUACCAUGUUUCUCUAGAGUUUCAUUUUAAUUUGAAUACUUAUUGAAAACUGGUUUUUCGGAACAGCAUCUGGGUAAUCGAAACACCCAACUACGGAGACACUUUUGCCUCAGAUUUCGAAACACGAUGUGUACGAGAGUGAAGAAAAACUUGAUUUCGCUAAUCGGUUCAACAUAUGCAUAUGCAUCUAUGAUAUAUGCUAUUCGCAUGUCAAUUUCUUUGCGCUCGUGGACCAAUGCUUGCGGAUCAGAAAGUCUUAGUAGAACUUAACGGCAUCCUGUUAGUAGUGCUGCGUACUUGCACUGCAGCCAUUGCAUUGCAUUGCGCUAGUAACUUCAUACUAGCCAAUCUCUUAAGUCAUAUCUUUUUGAAACAUGAGAUACUGAAAGCUAUACUUUCUUUACUAGGGAACUUUUCUGCUUUAUGAAUCAUCAGAAGGCAGAAAAUUCUGAAGCAAUUCUCAAUACAAUAAAGUUAUGGCUUCCAAAUUGAGCACAGAGGAGCGAACUAACCGAACAAUGGAGAACAAAUACAUCUCAGUUGCUGAAUUCUACCAUGGAAGAAGCAUUUUUAUUACCGGUGGAACCGGUUUCAUGGGAAAGGUUUUAAUAGAGAAACUCCUGCGAUCAUGUCCAGGAAUUAAGCAGAUAUUCAUUCUUAUACGUCCUAAGCGCGGCCAAGACAUCGCUGCUCGGUUAACGGAAAUAUUAGGUAGUCCGUUAUUUGACAAGAUUCGCAAUGAACAUCCAGCCAAUUUGAAGAAAAUUGUUCCGAUACAUGGUGAUAUAACUUUAAAUCAACUUGGAAUUUCGGAAAUCGACCAGUCCACAAUUAUCCAAGAGGUUUCAGUUGUAUUCCAUUCGGCUGCUACAGUGAAAUUUGACGAAAAAAUAAAACAAUCAGUUACUAUAAACAUGAUAGGAACAAAACAAUUAAUGGAAUUAUGUCGUAAAAUGCUAUGCUUGGACGCUUUAGUGCACGUUUCUACAGCCUAUUGCAAUUGUGAUAGAAAAGAAGUAUCUGAAAUUAUUUAUCCACCCCCGUACAAUCCAGAUGAUAUAAUCCAAUUAGUUAGAUGGUUCCCUGAAGAUAUUUUAGAAAAGCUGACACCUUCGCUGAUAGGAAACAGACCUAACAGCUAUACAUUUACAAAGGCAAUGGCUGAACAUAUGUUAUUGAUGGAAGCAAAUAAUCUACCAGUUGCUAUAGUUAGACCUUCCAUAGUGCUCUCUAGUUUUCAAGAACCAAUGUGUGGAUGGGUCGAUAACUUCAAUGGACCGACCGGUAUUGUCUCGGCUGUUAGCAAAGGACUGUUUAGAACUAUUCUUUGUGAUGAAUCAUGUAUUGCGGAUCUUAUCCCGGUUGACAUUGUAAUAAAUCUGAUGAUUGCUACAGCUUGGCAUACAGCUUCUCGUACGAAUACAAGAAAUAUAACAGUAUAUAAUUGCACAAGCGGUAUCGAUAAUCCUAUAUCUUGGGGAACAUUUGUUCGGUUGUGUAUUGACAAUACACGCAAACAUCCGAUUGAGGGCGUUUUAUGGUAUCCAACAGGAAAUUUACGUGUGAAUAAAGCAAUUAACUUCGUCCAUGGUGCGCUUGUCCAUUUUGUACCCGCCAUUCUUCUCGAUAUACUUUCCUUGGCAACAGGCAAAAAACCAAUUAUGCAAAUUGUACAAACAAAGCUAGGAAAGGCUGCAUCGUGUCUUCAAUACUUCACAAAUGCUCAAUGGCGCUUCCGCAAUGAUAAUGUUAAAAAUCUCCUAACUCACAUGAGUCCGAAAGAUAGAAGCACAUUCCAAUUCGAUGUUUCCACGAUUGAUUGGAAAGAUUAUAUAGAAAAAUAUGUUCUUGGAUUCCGCAAAUAUUUAUUCAAGCAAAAUCCUGCCACUUUGGAAAAAUGUCGAAACAACAUGUAUAAAAUGUAUUUGUUGCACCAGUUAACAAAAGUUGUAGCAGUGGCGUUCUUGUGGCGUUUUCUGAUGAAGAAAUCUAUCAGGUUACGAAGUCUGUGGGAAAUGAUUUUCAGCAGAAUAGUUCAUUUAGUCAAAAUGAUUGCAAUAUUUUAAUACUUCCCUCUCAAUUAGCAAAAGGUGUUGCAGUGCAACUACACAUUAUUUAUUUAUUACAUUUAAAAGUGAACCACAUAUAUUAUGUUCUACAAUAUAGCUUAAUAAAUAUUUGCUUCGA